UUUGUCUUGUUAUUUUGAGUUUUCCCUUGGGAACUCACUGUCUCACUCUCUUUCUAGAAGACAAGAACCAUUGGUUAUGUCUUUUCAAGAACAAGGCUUUCCAGAUGACAGAAAGAAGCUUGAUGGGUUUAGACUACUCGACCAUGUGAGUCCACAAGACGCCCAACAUUCAGAAACCAAAUCCACGUUUAAUGUCCGCAAGAGUUUGGCUUGGGACAGUGCCUUCUUCACUAGUCCAGGAGUGUUGGACCCUGAAGAGCUGCUUCAGACUACGAGUUCUGGAGCUACAGGCAAUGCAAUUAACCUACUUGGGAAUGAGGACGAGAUACUAUUGCCUUCGGAGUCUUUGGAACCUGAAAGAACAAGAAAAUUUGAGAGCUGUAGUGAUCGAAAGAGCUUAGCUUGGGAUAAUGCUUUUUACACAAGCCCAGGGGUUUUGGAUCCUGAGGAGUUGUCAAUAGUAAACAAAGGAUUCAAGAAAUCCGAGUCACAUCAGCUUCCUGAGAUUAAAGAAGUUUGGAGGUCCACGGAGUCGAAGUCUACAAUAGAUAGUGGCAGUUCUCCUUUGGAAAGCCUUGAAUUUGAACUUUUUGAGGACACAAGGUCAUCUAUGCCGAAGCCAGCUAGUCUGAAAUUGAAAGGAGGAAGAGGCUUGCAAAAUGUCCAUCGCUCGAAGAAAUAUGAUGCUUCAUCUCAGCUUGUUGCUGGAAGUGGGAAAUUUAUCCCAACAGCAUCUCUUAAACAACCAAAGAUAUUCAGUGGCUUGAAUCCCUCUGCAACAGCUGCAGCCAAGAGGUCUUCUUUGGGCCUAAAACAUGUCAAGACGGGAUCUGCAAAGGCUGCACCUGCUGCAGGACAAUGUUCAACUCUUACGAAGAAACCUUGCUCGAGGGCGUCAUCAAGUAUAAUGCCUCAUAGUUAUACACCGUCCCCAAAAUCAUCAUCCUCAGUUUCUCCAGCUUCAAAUGAGACCAGUAGUGAAUGUCCAAUGAACUCGAGAAGCAAAGUUGAUUAUUCACUUGACGAUCUUGCUGCCGAUGGCUUCACCAUCAGCAGUCCUUCAAGAUUCACAAAGACAAACAAAGAUGAACACGAAAGUGAUCCUUGUGAAAUGUUCACACCCAAAUCUACUGUUUACGCAUCAUCUGCUACUUCUCUUGAUGGAUGGUCCUCAGAAUCAUCUAUGAGUCAGAGAUCUAUCAGCAGGCAGAUUCCUUUUGGGAGUUAUACAUCUCAGACCUCAGAUACGGUACAUUAUUUUGGACAUGAAAAUCAGGAAACAAGUCUCACAAAUCAACAUAUGAAGACCUCAGGUCUGCGAGUCCCAUCACCAAAGAAUGGCUUCUUCGAUGAGGAGAUUGCUUUGCUGCGAGGAAGGGGUAGCCCGUUUCAUUCUGUUGUGCCAAGCAUAGUGUCUCAAAAUGGAGGUGCAAAUCAGUAUGGUAAGCGUAAACCUCCAAGAAAUGUUGACGGGAAGAGGAAUGUGCAGAAGGCGCUCAACAGAAUGGACAAGGAAAGCACCAAAGAGAAUGAAGAUCCCAACACGCAUUGUCCUGGAGAAUGUGCAUCGGUCAAGAAGAUGGUGACCGGGAAAAUGCAUAUUACUUCAAAAACCAAAUUGAAAGUAUAACAAAACAAGUCGGCAUCAUUGAUCUUGGCUGUGAUGUUGUCAUGGAGCUCAAAGCAGACUAGAAUGAUUCGAGUGCCUAAUUUGUCACCAAAAAUAUUCUGAAAAAAAAAAGAGGCUAGUACCUCCUUUGGCUUAAAAUUUUCCUGUGAACAAAAUGUUGAGUUCAGCUGUGUUCUGAUUUUGGUAUUUUCCUUAAAUAGAGGCCAAGAUAUUGAUCGUGUUUAUUCUCCUUC